CACCUGCACCAACAAGUCCCAAAUAGUACGCGUUUUUGCAACCGCGGCUACUGGACUGCUUUCGAACUGCGUUACCUCUGCUACAGCCUUUGCGCGUGAACUCAUCUGUAGCCAUGGCUCCAGCCGGAACUCAAACAGUAUUCGGCUAUGGUAGCAGCCUCGACUGGCGGCCCACAUCUUUCGUGAGCCCGUUUCCGUCAACCAGAGUGUGCAGCGCCUGUGGACUGGUACCCCCGGCGACGGCCAUGUUACACUGCUGUCACGUGCUUUGUCAGCCGUGUUUCGACUGCCUUGGCCGCGACAGUUGUGGGAGGAAGCGCUGCCCUCUUGACAAAGAGUGUUUUGGAGAUGAAGACGUGACGUGGUCAACGCACAGCAAGGACAGUGUUAUGAACAGCCAGGUACGCUGCUGGAACACGGUCAACGGUUGCGACGCCGAGGACAAUGCUUCUGCCAUGCUGGAUCAUUUCACAAACACCUGCCGAUUCCAUGCCGUAAAGUGUCACAUGUGCGGCGGCAGCGUGCUGCACCGUGACUUUGCAAACCAUCUUCAGUCAGGCUGCAUUCCUACGUGCUACGGCAGCGAGCAGCCGCUGAGCGAAAACUUUGCCAACGCGUUCUUGGAAGUGAAAGACGCGCUGAGGAAGAUCUCGGAUGAUAAUGUGUCAUUACAAGCUAGUCUUAACACGUUUCAAGAGCGCCUCGACUCCCAGAGAGACCGUGCCAUGGCGUUGCUGUCUGUGAAUGUCAAUGACACCAUGACAACCGCCGUGGAAAGGAUCAGAGAGUCUUGUCAAGCGUCGCUCGCCGGCCAUUUGCGCGAAGUGUCCGCAGAACGCGGGCGUCAGCACACUGAGAACCGGCGAACCAUGCAACGGCUCCUAACCGGCGAAUUCAACCGGAACAUGGUGUCGCUGAACGCCAAGAUAGACAAAGUAUUUGGUGAAGGGUGUACUCGUGAGACUAGUGAUGAUUCUCCCUCCAGCUUGGCCAGCUACGUGACUUCCAGCAUAACCAGAGAGAUUAACCAAUUCAUGAAGGAGCUCUCUGAGCGUCCGACACUUUCCGGGAGGGACGCGUCCAGGGUCCUCAAGCUAUUGGCUGCUGCUGCCUUUGGUAACAAGAACAAUGCUCUAGUGGAACAUCCACCGUCACGUUUUUGGGAAAUAGAUGACUGGAAUGAUUUCUGUCCGGAGUCUGGCGGCCGAGGUCGCCAAAAGCGUCGAGAUAGGAUCGGCACUCCAUACUACUUAGGUGGACAUCUGGUGGUGCCACGUUUGUGCUUUUACCCACGCACUGAUGAUGUUCAGUAUCGUCCCUACAUUAUCAAGGGUUUGUACGAUGAGUUCUUGGACGAGCCCGAGGAGGCAUCGAAUGUGCGCUUUGUUCAUCCCACAGAUUCUUCGAGAGACUUGGGAUUUACAGGUGACUUCAGUUGGGUCAGGCCGGAUCACUACUUUGAGUGUAUGGGCAGUGAAGUGCUGUACAUAGGGUGCAACUCAAUGGCCAUAGAAGUCCGCACAUUGGAACGUGGUAACUUCAUAACUGAUGACUCAGCUGAGCUCGAGAUAUGCCACUCUUAAUAUAUCGCAUUGUGUCAUUUUGCAUGAAAGUUUCUACAAAAUUUCACCAUGGUGAUUCGGGGAAGAUGUUACCUCGACAGGAUAAAGCUGGACGGCUGACCUGUGUUGUUAAGAACAGAUAAUCACGUUGCCUGUUUAUCUUCGUUAGCCUUUUUCAUUUAAAACUUCUUGUACUGAUAACCUUCAUUGUUCAACUCAUGUUCUUGUGUGUUUCUAAAGUUUACGUUGCUUUUAUUUUUUGGAUCACCUUUAGUGCAACAGAGUUGGUGCCAUAUGUCUCUCAGAGCAUGCAUAAAGCACAUUCUGUGCGAGUUGGAGGUGCUCACUUUAAAGCAUGAUUGUCUUUUAUUUCAUGCUGUGUCUUUGUCGUUUGUAAACAAUGACUUGAUGUGUGUGUGUGUGUGUGUGUGUGUGUGUGUGUGUGUGGGGCAAGAAUUCCCCCGCCCUUGUGUCCUAACUUUGCCGAGAUGUCUUAUCAGUGUCUUCCAUGCAGAAAUAUUAGUGGAGCGCACAUAAGACGGGGUCAAUAGAAGGCACAUGAACACACAGAUGGUGCUACGUGUCUGCAUAUUCGUGACCUUUGUUGUCCAUGUCUUGUAUGCGUUACACUAGGGGCGCGAUCUUGUACGCGUUCCAAAAUGGAACGGAGGCGUUCCAUUCCAUCGAGCCGCCCACGAUUGGUCAAUUUGAACCGCGACGUUCAAAUUGACCAAUCGUGUGCGGCUCGAUGAAACGGAACGCCUCCGUUCCAUUUUGGAACGCGUACAAGAUCGCGCCCUAGUAUUCCAGGAUAACAUACCAACACGCCUGCAUGCAACACUAGUUGGUUCCAUGCAUGGUUGUUCUAUCUCUCUUUGGAUGCGAUGCAUGCCUUAUGUUAUGACUGCCAUUCUGAAAACAGUGACUUUCACACUUGCCUGCUUCCUAGGGUGAACAAUGCUCAGUGAUUCAUUUUCUGUUGUCUAAAGUUGGAGUUUGGCGGGCUAUGCUGAGCAGAACAAAAUUACAUGGCUGUACGUGGCAGUCAUAAUGAAAGCUGUCAUGCUGAAAGACCGAUUCAGAACCAGCCAGUUUCUUGCUCACUUCUACCAAACAGCUUUCCUGGCAUGUACAUUGCAUUUAUAUGAGGCCAGUGCCAAAAAUAAAUAAAAAAGAGUCACGCCAAUGUUCACUAGAUGUGAUCUUGGAUGAAUUGUCUACAAGUUGGCCAUACCCCGUCAAAACUGAAGCAUAUUCAAACUUGCACAGCAGUAAUUGGAAAGUCUGUGACCCCACAACAUUUAGUUAUAAGGUAUUCGUGGCACUGUGCUUUUCUUGCAGUAUUGGCAGUUGAAAAAAAUGCUUCAGUAUUGAAUUCCGCAAGGAAGCAUACUGGGGCUGUUAUUUUGUAUGUUGCGUGGGAGGACAUAAGGCAAUUUAUCUGCUGUACAUGAAGCUGGAUUCAGUGCAAACAGCCAACUCCACCUGUAAUUUGAUAUUGAUGGCACAGCUGCACGAGAAGAUGCAUGCCACAGUUGUCCUUGGUUCCAUUCUUCAGAUGUUUUCCUUUGCAUUAGCGCGUCUCCAUAUUCUUCUGGAUUGACUGUGGCCAUUUAGCUGCCUUCAAGUCAUAUUGGCACGCUAACAGCUGCACGACCAUGCUAGUCCUUUACUGUGAGUGAGAGCUGCCUUUCAUAGCAUGAGGUGUGCCAAAAAGAGUGACUCAACAGUUGUGUUUGCAAUCUAUGCAAGAAAGACUUGCUUGUUACAAAUGCUUCUAGAAUGUGGCAAGUUUAGGUAAUUGUUUAUAAGCAGAGGAACUAUCAGCUGUUUUCACACGUUCCCUCUGAGCACUGCCCUCCAUAACAUCACCCAGUAGCGCACCCAGGAUCUCUGCCAGGGGGGGGUUGACAGUUUGCCAAUACCAUCUAAACAGCACUAAUUUUGAUUUCUUCAUGGGAAAUUGUAAAACAAAUGCGCUUUUUGCAAGUGUGCAGAUGAUUGCGCGUCUUACAUCUUAAUUGCAGUACUCAAAUGCGUAAGGAAAGAAAAUGGGUUAAACAAAAGGGGGGGUUAGGUCGGCCUCAGGGGGGGGGGGGGGGGGCUAAAACCCCCGAAUCUCCCCCCGUCGGUGCGCCACUGACAUCACCUAACUUUGAGGAUAUUUGAAACAAAGGGCAAAAUAAAACUGAAUAGCAGGAAAAUGAAGCACUCAAACUGAAGUGGUGUGCUGCCAUUAGCUACCUAAAGGACAUAUUGUGUAUGGUUUGUUUCCUUGAGCUUGUUCAAAAGCAAUUUGAUGAUUUCACUAAGUUCGCAUAAGAAUUGAUAACUUUUCAUCUUGUGUAUUGCUAUCAGUGUUGAGUCCCACAACUACUUUUUGUAUGAUGUGUUGUGCCCUACGCUGCAAUAAACAUCAGAAUGUGCUCUUGA